AACAUCUGACAGCUCUGUGAGCUGCUUCUGGUGCUGUUACUCAACUUAACAGUGAAGCUGACAUUUAACUCGUCACAGCACACUGUUGCUGCUGAAUCCAUUUUUUUCUCUUGGACUAUCAUAAUUUAGAAUCUUUAAGAGAGAUAAGAUCAUGGAGCGAAAGAUCGGUGUCAUAUUGAGCUUCAUUGGUUUGGGCACUGUGUGGCUGCGCUCCUUCCCCUGGCUCUGCAGUCUGCUGGUGGGGCUAGGGCUGUGCUUGGUCCAUAUGGGAUCUUGGAAGAACAUUCAUAUAGCUUUGCAUACUGUUAAAAGAGACCUCAUGUGUUUGGCUGUUAUAAUUAAAGUGAGAAUUUCCAUGUAUCACCAUCGUCGAAACCGAAGAACCAUCCCUGCCCUGUUUGCCCAGGUAGUGACACAACACCCAGACAAGCCCGCCUUGAUAUAUGAGGCCACAGGAGAGGUUUGGAGUUUUAGAGAGCUACAGGAGAGAUGCCACGCUGUGGCCCACUGGGCAUUGGCUCAGGGCUGGACUGAGGGGGAUGUGGUGGCUUUGUACAUGGAAAGUCAGCCUUUAAUGGCAGCUUUAUGGCUGGGUUUUGCUAUAAUAGGUGUUGAGGCUGCUCUUAUCAACUACAACCUUAGACAGCAGUCAUUGCUACACUGUCUCAGUGUUUCUGGAGCUCGAGCGAUGGUGUUUGGAUCGGAGAUGACUGGAGCUGUAACAGAGGUGAGUAGCAUGUUGCAGCCCAGCAUGGUUUUGUUCAGCACUGGUAAGCAGGAAGACAAGGAUGAGCUUCAGGUUCAGAGUUUGGACUCUCUGCUGGCCCGUUCACCCACACACCCACCACCCUACAAGAUAAGGAAAGAGUUUAAUGACAGGCUUUUCUACAUCUACACUUCUGGUACAACAGGAAUGCCAAAGGCAGCUGUAGUGGUGCACAGUCGGUAUUACCGCAUCGCAGCUUUUGGUUUUCAUUCUUUUGGCUUACGUCCUGAUGACAUCAUCUACAACUGCCUUCCUCUCUAUCAUUCUGCAGGGAACAUCAUGGGUUUAGGCCAGUGUUUGCUCUUUGGUUUGACUGCUGUAAUCAGGAGGAAAUUCUCAGCCAGUCACUUUUGGGAUGACUGUGUCAAACACAACUGCACUGUAAUCCAGUAUAUAGGAGAGAUCUGUGAUAUACUGGUGAUGGAUGAUUAUGGCUACAUGUAUUUCAUGGACCGCAGCGGCGACACUUUUCGCUGGCGAGGGGAGAACGUUUCCACGACAGAGGUGGAGGGAGUCCUCAGCAAACUACUGGGACACACCGAUGUUGCCGUCUAUGGAGUGUCUGUGCCAGGUGUGGAAGGGAAGGCCGGUAUGGCAGCAAUAGCUCAGGAGGGAAACCAGUUGGACCUUGGUGCAUUCUUGAUCGGUGUACAAAAAGCUUUGCCCUCCUACGCAUGCCCUGUCUUCCUUCGGUUCAUGCCGUCUGUUGACACUACAGGUACUUUCAAAAUUCAGAAGACACGGCUGCAGAAGGAAGGAUACAAGCCACAAAACUCGAGUGAAAAGAUUUACUUUCUGAACAGUCGUGCUGGACAUUAUCAGCCUGUCACUGAUGAAUUAUAUGAUGCCAUCAAUGAAGGGAAAGUGUCUCUUUGAAAGAAGAAGGAGCUAACAAGGCUACUGGGUUAACACAACUUACUCUGACUGUGUUUUUGAUAUAGUUAUUUUGUGUUUGUUGUUUUUUUAAGAUGAACAUUAAGCUCACCUACCUGAAUAGAUUUGGCUUGGUCAGAUUUCUCUGAGGCAUCAUAUAUACACACACACACACACACACACACAUAUCUAUAUAUAUAUAUAUAUGAACAAUGUGUGAAUUUCCAAUCAUAAUAAAUACGAUUUAUAUAUAUAUAUAAUAAAAUAUGUUCCUUCUUACAAGAAAAA